AUGGUUAUUGGGCAAGAUGGUAGCGUGUAUAGUGAAGACGAGGAGUGUGUAGAGGAGGGUGUGGAGGCUAGUGUAGAUCCCCGUAUGUCUUAUUCUAGUGGGGAGGAGGAGAAUGAGGAGGUGAAAACAUUAGUGGUGCUUAGGAUGCUCCAUGUGCAACAAGAGCUUGAGGAGCAUAAGGAACAAAGGUCCAAUAUCUUCCACAUGAAUUGCAAGGUGAAGGAUAACACUUGUUUGGUGAUCAUUGAUGGGGAGAGUUGUGCCAAUGUUGUUAGGUUAAAGCCUCUCUUGCCUAAGGAUGUAUUUGAAGCACACCAACACUUACAAAGGGAAAGGGAAAAGGAUAGAGAGAAAAGGCUAGUGAGUGUGGGUGAGAUAAAAAAGCCAAGUGAGAGUUGGGGUGGUGAGAGCAAGUCCAAAACACCCAAAAGAGAAAAAUCUCAAGCACGAGAGGGAAAAGAUUGCUUGAUAGUUAGGACUUCCGAACUUGGGUGGGCUCUAAAAAGCCGUUCAACCAUUCUUCUCAUGGUCCAGAAUGAUUUAUAUUUAAAUGCUAACACUAACCCUUGUCCUUUGGUGAUUGAAAGUGUUUUGCGAGGUUUUAAAGAUGUCUUCCCGGAUGAGCUUCCCAACAAGCUCCCACCCGUGAGAGGGAUUGAGCAUCAAAUUGAUUUUGCUCCCGGAUCCUCACUUCCCAACCGGAUGGCUUACAAGGCAAACCCAAUGGAAACACAAGAACUUCAAAGUUGUGUUCCUGGUUUUGUGGUGGGGAGGGAUGGAGUGAAGGUAAAUGAGGAGAAAGUGAAGCCGAUUAGGGAGUGGCCUACACCCAAGAAUGUGAUUGAGAAGAAUGUAGAGUUUAAGUGGGGAGAGGAGCAAGAGAAAGCGUUUAACACCUUGAAAAAUGACCUUACCCAUGCUCCUUUGUUAGCCCUUCCUAACUUUGACAAAACCUUUGAGUUGGAGUGUGAUGCUAAUGGGGUAGGAAUUGAUGGUGUGCUCAUGCAAGAAGGGAAACCCAUAGCUUAUUUUUCGGAGAAGCUUGGCCAAGCCCAAUUGAACUAUCCUACCUAUGGUAAGGAGUUGGAGUUUGUGAUUCACACCGACCAUGAGAGGCAUGCUAAGUGGAGUGCUUUUCUAGAAGCUUUUCUUUAUGAGAUCAAGUAUAAGAAGGGUAAGGAAAAUGUGGUUGCCGAUGCUCUUUCUAGGAAGCGUCAUAAUCUUUUGCUUGAUAAUGAUAUGAAUGAGAACCAUGCUAUGUGUUUGAGGAAACAAUUGCUUGACAUGUGUGCUUCCAAGUAUGUUGGCUUUGAAUUUCUUAAAGAUUUGUAUGAGCAUGAUCAUGACUUUGCUACCAUGUAUGAAGCUUGUGAAAAAGAAUCUCAUUUGGGUGGUUUGAUGGGGCAUUUUGGAGUGUUGAAAACUUUUGAUAUUUUGAGUGAACACUUCUUUUGGCCUUGCAUGAAGAAACAUGUUGAGAGAUUUUGUGAGCAAUGCAUAGAGUGUAGGCAAGCUAAGUUCAAGUCUAGUAAUUUUGGGUUUUACACUCCUUUGCCACCUCCUACACACCCUUGGGUAGAUAUCUCCAUGAAUUUUGUGCUUGGUCUACCUAUGUCUUCUAGGAAGAAUGAUAGAAUUUUUGUAGUGGUAGAUAGGUUCUCCAAGAUGGCUCAUUUCAUUCCAUGUAUGAAGACAAAUGAUGCUAAGUUCAUUGCCAAUUUGUUCUUUAGGGAGGUAGUCAAGCUAUAUGGGAUUCCAAAGACAACUAAUAGAACUUCUUGGGAGGAGUCCUUACCCAUUGUCGAGUUUGCCUAUAAUAGGACCAUGCAUUGUGGUGCGGAGAAGGCUCAAUUUGUGAAGGAUUUGCACGUUCAAGUACAAGAGUGGAUCCAUCGGAAGGGUAAGCAAGUAGCCCAACAAGUGAAUAAGGGGCGCAAGAAAGUUGUCUUCCAACCCGGGGAUUGGGUGUGGGUACACUUUAGGAAGAUACGUUUUCCCGACAAGACUAAUGGGAAACUUGCUCCGAGAGGAUAUGGUCCCUUUCUUGUGUUGGAGCGCAUCAAUGAUAAUUCCUAUGUGAUCGACUUACCCGGUGAGUACAACGUAAGUUUCACUUUCAAUGUGGCUGACUUGAGACCGUUUGAUUUUGUAGGGAGUCCGGAUUUGAGAACAGAUCCUUUCCAUGAUGGGGAGGAUGAUACGACCCCACUUGGAGGCCCCACGGCGAGGUCCAUGGCGAGGUGA